AACAUCCUAUUUCUCUCCAUUUAAAAAAAGAAAAUGACUUAAGAGCCUAAUUAAAAAAAAAUAAAUUAGGCAUUUGCCUAUUUAUUUGUAUAAUUGUAUCAUUUAUGUUGCUCCAUUUUAUUUUUAUUUCUCACUUGUUUACCUUUAGUUUUUUUAACCCGAACCCAAUCUACUAAUAACACUUCAAUUUAUCUGUCCAACGCUGCCAGAGCAAAAGAUGGACAGCAUGAGAUUUCUCUACAGCAAGGGCGUCCUUUCUUGCUCCUCCGAUGCUCCUCCCAUCACUACUUUCCUUGAAUCCCUUCCAGGAUCUUACACAACAACUAGAACGCAUGAAAAUGGAACAACCCUUUUGUUUUGGGAGAGACAUUUAAAAAGAUUGUCGAAUUCUACAAGAAUUCUACUAAAUUCAAACCCAGAACUCAUAUUCAAGACGAACAAGAAAAGCCCAUUGUUAUUUUCUCCUUUUCCUGUCACUGCAUUGAAAUGGGAGUCAAGGAUUCGGUCAUUGGUUAGUAAUUCAUUGAGUCAAGUUUUACCCAUUGCUCUCAAGGAGAGGUCUAAAGGGGAGGAGUUGGCGGUUACUGCUCUUGUUUCUGGGGAUAUCGAGAAGCUGAAGGCAAUGAAGAAUGUUGGUGGUGGUGGUGAUGAUGAUGAUGAUAAAGGAGUUUUUCAGGUUCUUGAUCUUCAUUUGCAUAUAGGGAGUUAUAUUCCUCCUGUGUUUGGGAUAGAAGAAAGUGGAGCACAUUUGGCUUUGGUGGGUCACGGAAGGGAUCUUGCCGAUGCUAAGUAUUCAGAUUGGGUAAGGUUAAGGAAGCCAUUGGAGAAAUUGAGGCCUCCUUCAGUGACUGAGCUCUUGUUGUCUAACGAUGGUGAUCGAAUACUUGAAGGCUGCAUUACAAACUUCUUUGUCAUAUGCCAAAGGGAUAAGAGUGAAGCAGAGGGGAAAUACCUGGAUGGCUACAAUAAUGUGUAUUCCGUUGAAGUACAGACGGCGCCUGUUUCCGAUGGUGUUCUUCCCGGUGUUAUUCGGCAACUGGUAAUUGAAGUAUGCCAUAGCAAAGGCAUCCCAGUUUGUGAAGUUGCACCAUCAUGGGAAAAACAUCGACUUUGGGAAGAGGCAUUUGUUACCAAUAGCUUGAGAGUUCUACAGCACGUGGAGACUAUUAAAGUUCCUCAGCCAUGGGAAUCUCUCAAAUCAAAAUGUUUCGAAGGAAUAUCAUGGAUUGAGAAAAAGUUUGAGCAGGGUCCCGGGAUUAUCACAAAAGUCAUCCAGUGUAGAAAGAGAUCAUGGAGAGAGCCAGCACGGAAAGCCACCCAUUAAAUGAAUCCAUAUAACGGACAUUGAAAUUUCAUGUGUCAUAAGAUCAUCUGUGAGCGAGCCGCAAAGCUUGCGUCAUGCCAUAAGCAUAAAUCCCCGGUUUAAUUCGACUGAAACAAAGGUAACUUGACUUGCAUUCGCACAAGAAUCAUAGUCAUUUUGGCUAUACACUGAAUCAUAUUCUUGUAUAUUUGCUCUUCAUUGCCAAUGUGGAUGGAAGUUGGGUGUUGUUAAGAGGCUUUAAAACUUGUGAUGAUAGUAAUGCAAUGUGAAGGUUCCAUGGUAAUAUUCUUAUAAAGUGGAGUGUAUGUGAUUAUUUGGAACCUGCUAUUUAUGAGAUGAGCAAUAAUGGUUUAGAAUGCAUGCAUCCACGCAGGGGUGCUUGAACAUAUUAUGGCUUA